AUUUAUAACAGCCAAAAUAUUAUGAUUGAUUAUAAAAAAUCAGAGGUAAGGCAAAUUUGAUAGAAAGAAAAACACACAGUUUGUCAAGCAUUUGAGGAAUAUAUCCACUUCAUCGGGACUUAGAAACCAUUUUUACUCAUUUACACCACUAACAAAUAUAAACAUUUACUCACAAUACUAACAAUAUGACUUCAAUCAUAAGGAUUUAUGAGUUUAACUUAAUAGAGUAGACCACCCAUCCAUUCUACAUUAUAAUUGUAACAGGGUUAAAAAUGCUAAACUGAGAAAUUAUGGUUGGAUCAAUAAUUUUUAAUAUUAUAGUGUGAGAUAGGUUGAUGACCAGUACCUAUUUGCUAUUCAUAGUGCUCAUUCAAAAUGGUCCUCAACAGAUCGAAACCAAACGACGAAAUUUUGACCAUAAUUGAUUCAGUCAGAAUUCUCAUUAAAGGGGAAUAUAAUUUGAAAUGCAGCACAGAUGGUGAGUUUUUACUCAGAUUCAUAAAAGCAAGUAACUAUGAUGUACAGGCUUCUUAUAUGCUCAUUAAGGAUUAUUUUAAAGCAAAGCAAGACCAUCCGGAUGAGUUUAAGUUUAAACAACCAAUCUUUUAUGAGAGCGUUAUUUCAAGGCUGGACCUAGGUUUUGUUCUUCAUGAAAAAGAUUACAAAGGAAGACCAAUUUUGCUAUUAAGACUUGGUGAUAUUGACCCAAGCAAUGAAAGUUGGCCACUAUUAAUGCAGGCAGCAACAAUAACCCUUGAAUCAUUAUCUGCUGAUCCAGAAAACCAAGACUCAGGAGUAAAUCUGAUUUUCGACUGCACCAACUUCUCUCUUAAAAUUAUGAGAUGGGCAACCCCACCAAAAUUGAAAGUCAUUAUGAAAUUUCUCCAGGAUUGUAUACCUUUGAAGUUUGAUGUUUUUCAUAUCGUAAACGCGCCUUUAGUUUUUAACGUAUUUUUCUGCGCUUUGAAACCGUUUAUGAAAGAAGGAUUUGUAAGAAAGUUAAACUGGCACAAGGCCCCUUAUAAAUCAUUACAUGCACAAAUAAACCCAUCGCUUCUUCUUCCUCACAUGGGCGGGACUUUGGAUAUGAAUCAAGUACGAGAUUGGUAUCAAGUUGUUCUGAGCAAAGAACAAUUUUUCAAAGGAAAAAAUAUUUCUUCAUCUACUGAUGAAAAAUAAAAUAACAUUUUCAGCUUCUGGAUUUUUUUCAUUGGAUUAUUCUUUGAUGCAAACUAUGGCAGGACAUGCUGCUACUUUCUUGGUCAUAUUAAUACAAUUUUUCUUGACUCGUGAUAAAGUUUAGAACAAUUUUUUCUUUAU